AUCAUGGUGGCAUUUAAAGGAGUUUGGACUCAACCAUUCUGGAAAGCUGUCUCAGGGGAAUUUUUGGCCAUGUUUAUUUUUGUCAUUCUCAGCCUUGGGUCAACAAUCAACUGGAGCAGUGCAGAUAGUCCUCAACCUACAGACUGUGUUCUUAUAUCACUUUGCUUUGGGUUUAGUAUUUUUACUAUGGUGCACUGCUUUGGACAUAUCAGUGGAGCUCAUAUUAACCCUGUUGUAACUUUAGCAAUGGUGUGUACCAGGAAGAUAAGCCUAGCCAAAUCAAUAUUCUACAUUAUUUCACAAUGCCUAGGAGCCAUUACAGGAGCAGGACUGUUAUUCAUUAUUACACCAAUAAAUGUGGUUGGGAACUUAGGUGUUACAGAGGUAAAUGAAAGACUUUCUCUUGGCCAUGGGCUUCUAAUAGAAAUGUUAAUUACUUUCCAAUUGGUUUUCACUGUAUGUGCAACCUGUGAUCCAAAUCACAAGGAUACAAAAUGUCCUUCUUCAUUCGCAAUUGGAAUUUCUGUUACUGCCGGACACCUGUUUGCUAUCAAUUACACUGGAGCCAGCAUGAAUCCUGCAAGAUCUCUUGGACCUGCUGUCAUUCUUUGGAAAUGGGAAAAACACUGGAUUUAUUGGGUUGGACCAAUUAUUGGAUCUGUUUGUGCAAGUGCUGCUUAUGAUUACAUCUACUGCCCUGACAUCGAACUCAAAAAGCAAUUAAAAGAUACACUUCUAAAGGCUACACAAAAAACAAAAGGGAAAUACACUGAAGUUGAUGAUGCCAUAAUCCAGGAUUAUAAUGAUGACAUCAUUCUUAAAUCAGGAACUGUAAAUGUCAUUGACAUUGAUCAAGCAGACGGUAAAAAGGGAAAAGAUUCAGCUAGUGAAAUACUGGCUGUCUGA